UUCUUGAGCGGCUGGCCCCGACUUCUUCCCACUUCCCAAGAAUUCUCUCUGCCUGCUACCGUCGCAACGUCGCAACGGCGAAUUCUGAAAGAGCACCUCCCAAACACAUGGCACCCUCGAAGGAAUUCACGAUGUCAGGUAUCAACCAGAUUAUCCAGACCUUUGAGGGUCUUGGCGAAGGCGAACGCGAGACGACAAUGAAAGCACUCUCCACCAUGAUGCGCGCCGAGAAUCAAAGCCAGCCCGCCAAAAAGAAGGUCAACGGAUUCAUGGGAUACCGUGCAUACUACUCGUCUCUAUUCUCCCUGCUCACGCAAAAAGAGAAGUCUCCCAUCAUGACAACUCUCUGGAAACAAGACCCAUUCCACAAGGAGUGGGAUUUCAUGUGCGCGGUUUAUUCGGCUAUCCGAGAAUUCCUCUCGGACGAGGAAGUUUCGCUGCAGGACUGGAUCCAAUUUGCGGUCAAGCACCUGGGAAUUGUUGUCCGUGAGAAUUACCUCGAGACUCUGGGCUGGGAAUUGGUCAAACUCGAGGACGGUACGCACAAGGUCCAGCGCACUGCAACUCGCGUUGUCCAGGGUUAUUCUCAACCGAUGAAUGGGCUCGGCCUCUUCAUGAACUGCCUGAACGACGGGCUGCCGGUCAGCAACCCGCUUCCGAUCAUCGCAAAGCUUUCCGCGUUGACGAACGACAUCAUUUGCAUCAACACACAGCGCGGGGCUGCGGCGAAGCCGAGCAACACCAUGGACGGAUUCCGCCAGUUCGCGAAAAAUCAUCCGCAGCUCGCCAUGUCGGCGCUGUUGCAGGUCCCUGCGGCGCAUCCCGUCAUCACUCAGGGCGUUACGGUGCACAAUCUUUCAGACAUCAUUGGGCUGCCAACUCCCGAACCUUUCUUUGCGGCUCAGGACGAGGACCCUGAGCUCGAUGCGAUGCUGGAGAGAGUCCUCCGCGGCGACGACCCGGGAAACUUCGGCAACCAGUUCUUCCCCAUGGACAUGGGGAACAGCGCGCAGGGAUUCAAUUGAGACAAGUCGUCCCAGACAGCCCACCCAGCAAACCCAUGUUGCACGACGCGCACCGGCAUGAUUCAGCGCCACGAGAGCCGACCUGAGAUACAACCCAGGGACACGGUCGCCACGGCACUGGAAAGCGGGCGGCACCUUCGCGAACAUCCUGCUGUUUUCAAAAAUCCGGGUGGCUUGCGGCAUGUCCAAAUGAUUCUGUCAGCUCUCAUUGCUGAGCAAGCAAAGGAACGCAUGCAACCAGUCGCCACCGUUUCCAUUGACCAAGUUUAUUCCGUACACUAACCCCCCCCCC